AUGCUCUGGCAUGCCAAAGCCCUGGAGACCUUCAGUGAGGCCUUCAACGUGGUGCAGAGCCUCCAAGAGGAGUCUGAUCUGGCUGACUUCCGCAGUACCCUCCUCCGUUCAGGCACCCUUGGCAGUCUUGACGGUGACAUGCCGCAGGGCGGACUACCUCUGAGCAUGGACUCCAAGAGUCGCAGUGCCCCUCAUCUCUCCAAUUCUGCCAACUCUCUGAACUCCCGGGGUCGAGAGAAAACACAUUCUCUUAGUCGUUCGAGGAAGCCGGCUGGAGACGUCAGGAAGCAUACCUAUGUACGUCCAUAA